CAGAAAUAGAUAUUUUAGUACGGACAGCGCUAUAGAUCUGUGAAUAUCGGAAAAUUCUAUAAGAUUAGCCUUUGUUAUUCUUCAAAUUAUAAAAUAAUUUAGUAUCCAUUGAUAAGACAAAGAUAAAAACACUCGUGUGUAGAUUAGUUAUAAACGGUGAGCGAAUGACAGUGCGUUUGUAACGUUCGAUGAGAAAAUGUUUUUCUCUCUAUGUGUGGCGGGUUUAUUAUCACUUGUGUCAUCAGAAAGCUGCUUGUACCAGCGAUGCUUAGCCUGUCACCCACAAGAAACAAUAUGGCCUGGAAAUCCCCAAGAAUGCGAUCCAUCCCACUGGGUAACAGCGGAAUGGGUUCAUAAUCUGGGGCAUCCACCGCCAAGAACUGAUUCCAGGAUUAACGUGGAAAUGCGUUGUCUCAAAAUGGUAGCUACGCCUGACGACAAGACUUUUGGAAAUACGGUAGAUGUUAUCAAAGGAUGUGUGCCGAAGGUCCAAGUAGAUUCAGUAUGUCUGGGCUUAGUGGCGGUCGAGCGCGCACGGGGUCACAGCGACGCAAGAUGCUACAUUUGCAACGGAAACGAUUGCAACUCCGCGUCACAUAUCAACCCCAGUAUGGCUUCUUUGCUACCGCUCAUACUAUACUAUGUACUGAGGUGAACGGGAUGUAUUAAAAAAUAGAGUUAAUACGCGCAAUUAAUGCGAAAUUAUAAUAAUACGACAGGUCUAUAAUAGGCCAUUUAACUAUUAAUAUCAAAGUCAAUAUAAAACACUCUGGUUAAGUUGAUUUUUGACUUCAAUGCGGCAUGGGAUGGACACAUUUCUGCGAUCGCUUCAUUCACCUUACGUUUGUUUGAGUAUAUUUAAACUGUCGCACCCUAGGGUUUUUAAUAAAAGGCUUUGGCUUCUACCAAGAGGUAUGACAGAGCAUUUCACAUAUGAUAUUUAAUAUGUGAAAUGGUUAUAUUAUAACACUCUGAUACGUGAACAAACUAUACCUAAAAUAGCUGUUGAAUGAUUUGUCCUAAUCUCGUGUCGCUUUGUCAAUAAAUAAACGGGUGUCAAUUUUGUUUUUUCUUUCGAUUAAUCCACUGUUUUAUACAAUCCUUUCAUUUAGAUCAGUGUUUCGCAACGUGGGGCCCACGCAUUACAGGGGGGCAAUUUGAUUGUUAUGGGGAGCUAUUCG